UAAAAGACAGAUGUACACAAUGCAAAUACAAGGUAAGUGCACAUUUCUGUUAGCAGAAAGAAAUCAGCGUGGCUGUCCAUUAGUCCAAGAUUGCCCAAGAAUUGGGGUCCAUUCAUGCCCUGGGUUUCUCAGUCAGGAAACAGGGACCAUCUGUGUUUCUGAUAUCCAGUCUCACCUUUGACACUCCAGGGAACACAGUAUGGUUUGGAAAUGGACCGUUUCUGGGAUGCACUACUACCUGUAUCUUCUGAAUAGUGCCCAUGUGAUUCUGUCUCCUAGAACAAUCGCUUAAACUUGAAUAAAUAAAGAUCCGGGGACUGAUGCCGAUGGACCAGCCUGAAACACACAAUUCUUAUAUAUGAAAGUUGCCUUGUGCUUCCAGUGGCAGUUAUCCAGAGGAGUGACAAGCAGUGGAGACAAGUAACCUGGCAGCUCACAUGUCUGCAGAUGAUGACACUGGUUAUGCACCAUGGUUAGCUCUCUCUGGGGUUUAUGGAGGGUGAGGGAUGAUCAUCUGGCCUGAGGUGAAAAGGUCCUGUUCCAUAGCACGAAAGGGCUCCCUGCUACUUGGGCCUGCUCCUCUAGAGAUGUGGAUUUGGGGAUUCUAUACAGCAUCUUAGAGAAGAGAAAAUUUUCCAUUUUUAGAAGAAGAUGAGAAAGGGGUACACUACCCCACAGAACACAAAUGCAGAUGGAUAUGAUAUGGACCCUUUUCUGUUCCCCCAGCUGCACCUCCAGAAACAGCCACUUUUAUUUCCCAUCUCUGGUUCCCCCUUUCUCACACUUUCAGGCACUCAGUGUCGUGACUCCACACUAAGGAGUCUCUACCUUAACACUUCUGUCUGCAAUUACACCAGCUCCAGGAGAGGUCCCUCAGCAGAUACUUUGGGUGUCAUAGCUCUAAGAUCUAGUGAACCUCAUCACUGAAGAGUGCAAAUGGGCCCGAAAGGUUAGAUAGCUGCCAUCCAGGUAAGGUUGUCCCUGGCUCACAGAUACAGCAUAGAGGUCAGGAUACUGGCAUGGCUGGAGUCUUAGCUUCUCCAGGAUGUGAAUGUUAGGGUUCUGUGGAAGAGAGACAAAGGUGAAGAAGCCCUUGUUUGUGUGUAACACAUGUGCCCUAAAAUUCAGUAUUGACUCAAGCCAACUGUCUCCUGCCAGGCAGGCUAGUAUCUGCAAUCCACUAGCUCUGACUGACAAUCCUCAGGACCCCAGUUCUGAUUUUAUUCCUAGCUCACUAUAUGCACAGUGCUGGCUCUCUUAUGUCCAUCACAUAAGGGCUUUUUCCCUGUGUACUUUUUCCAUGUUUUGAUGGGCAGGGGCUAGUUUUUUUGUUGUUGUGUUUUCCUCAAUUCUUUUAAGAGGUAGAAUUGGCCUUCCACUGAUUGAUCUUUGUUGGUGUAACCCCAGGAGUGCUGUAAUCUGUCCCUGCCCUGUAUUCGGUAGCCACAGACAAAUCAUUGGAAGAGUGAAGGGUGGGACAGAGAAAACUACGUGGCAUGAAGAAUCACAGACCCUGUUGUAUGGUCACUGAGUUUGGUACUGCCAACUGCAGUCUUGUACCCUGACCCAGGAGCCCUCUGGGGAGAUAAGAGACAACUCACCUGCCCUUCCCCGGGCCUCGUGCCUUGCCCGCUCACCUGCGCUUAGCAGGGGCAGUCCCAGCAUCCCAGAAGUGAAGGGCUCCUGGGUUUCAGGCUCUACCUUCACCUGACUCAAGUCCUGGAAACUAGAAAUAACAUCAGAAAGUCUAGUUACCACAGAGAAGGUAUUUCUCACCCUCAUCCUGUCAAGAGUUCUCAAGGACCGGGCUGGAGAGAUGGCUCAGCUGUUAAAAGGCUAGACUCACAACCAAAAAUAGUAAGAAUUCUCAAGGACCAUGAAGAACACUACCACUUUCUGAAAAGAAUUACGUUGAGACCACACUCAGCUACUGUCCGUGUGGACAGGUCCAUGUGCAAAGCAUGGUCUCUUAGGACAAGGAAGUGAUAGUAAAACUUCUAGAAGAGCAUGUAGUGCGAACAGGCUCAUAGCCUGGUGAACUUAAAGCUAAGCGCAAAGAAAGUGGAGCUGGGAGUUCCCUGCAGGCAUGAGGAUAGGCCUUUGGAAAGGGGAGAUGAGAGGAGAGGACACUCCAGGUCUCCAUGCUGGGCCAAAGUCACAGACCAUAGGAACAGAAAGGGGAAGAAUGUGUAAGUAGUCGAACUACACUGGUAGGACUGUCAAAACAGUAAAGAAAAAAUUAAUUGAGCAAAGGCUCAGAAGGUAUGUAAGCGCCUUCACAUACAUACAAAACAGUGAACAGUUUUGCAAGGUGAAAUUUAAGUCCAUGCAUGUGGUCAAUACUGUCCACUAGGGAAUGAAAAUGCAAUCCAAGUUCCCAUGGCAGCUUCUGCACCUCUUCUUUGGUUGAUUCCACUGAGAACAGAGGAAGGAGACGUGUAGUUUUGCCUAAUGGUUCAUCAACUCAAGGAGCCAAGUGUUCUAGUUAUCUUUAAUUGUAAACUUGACAGCCUAAAGAAAGUCACCUUAGAAGGAGUCUCUUUUGAGGGAUUGCCCAGAUCAGAAUGGCUGGGGGUGGGGGUGGUCCUUUGGUUACUGAUGUAGAGAGUUCACCCCACUGUGGGUAGCACAAUUCCCUAGGCAGAUGAUCUUGGGCUAUAUAAGAAAGCUAGCUGAAUAUUGAGUUCCUGCCCUGACUUCACUCAAAGAUGAACUAUAUAGCCUGAAAGCUGAAUUAAACCAAUUAAUCCCCCAAGUUGUUUUGUUCAUGGUGUUUACCACACCACAGAGAGGAGACUAGAACAUUCUGUUGUCUUGAUAGUGUGAUUCAGUAGCCAGCUGUAGGACUGUUGCUGGAAAGGUGAACAUAUGGAAAUUGUUUGAUUCUGGAAAACCAAGGUAGUAACUGUAUGUAAUUAGUGGUUGUGGAUAAUGAUAAACUAAGGAGAUGCAAACCAAUGGGCAGAUUGAUUUUGCAUUAAAUUAAUCUUUUGUAGUUUUAUUAUAAUUUUGACACAUGGAGACAAAUAUCUGAGCCUAGACUUUUAGGAAUCCCGGAGCUGUACUUUGACCCUAAAACUGCUCACAAGACUAACACUCCUGUUUUCUUUCAGUGGGAAUAUCAAAACUGUCUGUGAAGCAGGGAGUGGUGACACAUGUUUGUGAUCCCAACACUUACUGAGGUGGCAGAGGCAGGAGGAUUAUUGUGAAUUUAAGGCUUCCCUGUUGUACACAAAGAGCUUAAGAACAGCCAGACUAGAUAGUGUUCACCAAAUCCUUCACUUUAUUCUUGUGUUCUCAUUAGGCCUCUGCAGUGCUGGAUUUUUUUUUUAACGCUUUGACAAACCUACACACACACACACACACACACACACACACACACACACACACACACCUUCUGGCUCUACAUAGUUUCUUUGUACUCAACGUUCUUUUAGAAAAUUCUGACGUCUUGUUCUCAUGAGACCUCAAAGUGCUCUCAGUAAAUAUCAUAUAUACUAGAAGGUUCAUUUCAGACCUUCACCUCAAUGUUUCUUAGGGCUUCACUUUUAAAAAAGAAGUUUACUAAGAAACCUUUGAAGUCUGUGGGAAACACCAAGUGAGUGUUCAUAAUAUUCAGUCAGUGUAUUGCCUCUUACACACACACACACACACACACACAGAGAGAGAGAGAGAGAGAGAGAGAGAGAGAGAGAGAGAGAGAGAGAGAGAGAGAGAGAUAAGUCCCCUGCCAAUGUAAGACAGACUUUUACAUGUCGACAUUCUGAAGCCUUUUCUGACUAAAGUACUUUGAUGGCGGCUUCAGUACCGUUAUGGAAUGGGCUCCAUCAUGACAGUUUCUACAGGAAAACAGCUGACAAAGGCUCAAAACUCCACAAUUGUUGGUGAACUUGUGCUUCACUGACAUUUUCCUGAGGGAAAUUGUAACUGGCAUCUUGAAUAUCUGUUUAUGCUUGGAUCUUCAGGUGGUGUUAUCUUCAGGUGACAGUGUUACCUUUGCCGGGAUACAGAAGGAAUCUGGACUCUUAGCAACAAAGAUUCAUGGCCUUAGCGGGCAGAAGUUAGAACCCUGGCACGCUGCGUGAAGAGCUCUCUGUGGUGCGGUAUGAAUUGUGAUGGCAGUAGGGAGGACACUAUGUUGCUGAGCACUGGUUUGUGCUGCAGCAGCUACAGGGUAAUGCCAUGGCUGGGUGAAAGUCCUAUGGGAGUCCAGAGAGCAGGAUUGCUAAGGGCAUCAAUGGAGCCCGGGGCUGGUGUGGUCUGUAAGGACAACCUCUCUGUUUUUUGGCCAGAAGUGUGAGAAGAAGCCCCUCUGUGAUACCUGACAUACCCUACAAGAAGAGAAAAAGAACAUAAAGUAGAUUUAAAAAAUGAGGAAAACUAAUUUAUUCAAUUUUGACCCAAACUGGGGACACAGCAUCUUCAAGACUAAUAAAAGAGAUUUUAUGAAAGCCAGGAGAUAAGGGUUUGGCCGAGUGUGCCAGUGCCCCCAGCAGAGCCGGGAGAGGAGGUUUUUGUGAGGCUGCCAAGGACCAGGCAUUCUGACCAUUUUCUGUUGCCCAUAUGGUAUUUCUUAUAGGGAAAUGUGUAAGAGUUUUUCCCAGCAUAAGGACAUUUUGAUGGUCAGGAGCCACAAAAAUCACAUCAUGUAACAAACCUCACGCAAGAGAUUUAUUGGGGAGAAACCCAGAAUGGUGGCUGCCUCCGGAUGAAAAGAGAGACAUCACAGGGUUGGACAGAAGGACAAGCUUUUCUAGGAUCUUUGGGGUAUGUGCAGUGAGCUCAUUGAAAAGCAGGGUGCUUACCUGUUAACCCUGAAGUAUUGUUCAGCCAUUAAUGCUGAGUCAUGAGGGUUGGGACUUCUAAGUCUCAGAGUUUGGGGUCAAGUCAUGAGCAGGGGGAUUUUCCAGUGUCCUGUUACCCUACAUUCUUCCCCUUUUUACUAUUUUUUGCUUUUUUACUAUUGAUAACCAAUCAGUGGUCAGGAAAGAGAGUGAUGUCAUCAUUAAACUACGUCCUGCUGUACGGGGGGUGAAUCCACAAGGACAAGCUGUAUCUUCACCAUCUGGGUGUAAACAGGAGUCUCAGGCCUCCAGUUCUGUAGCCAGGGCCUGAUAAUAAUUUUGGAGAUCUGUCUGGAGCUGUUGGAUCUUAUCUCUCACAAUACCCAAUUGGUUGGUAUAGAAGCACCAUUCCUCCCUGGAAAAAGGCCACCCUUCUCCACUGUUAGGAGAUCUAAUUCUUCCCAAUUUGUCUCUCGUGUUUGUCAAGUGGUUUAAAUAGAAACAAGAAUUCUUCUUAAGGCCAUACAAUAACCUCCUUGUCUUGCAUAAAGCAGGUCAAAUGCCCUAUCAUGUUGUAAAACUGUCUGAGCUAAUGAACUCUACCUGUUUAUAGGUUUGGGUCUACUUCACUCUAACAGGUACCUUUCCUAGUAUGGCGGUAGGCACGGUAGUAACUAUUUUGUCCCAUCUGCCAGGGAGUUUCCUUUUGAUCUAACACGUCAGCCUUCGUAGAAAAUACGGAGGGGUGUGCUCUCUUCUGCAGCCACUUCCUGCUGAAAUUAGGAUGUCAUUGUCAGGGCCCAGGAAAGAUGGAAUGCUGGUAAAAGGCCUGGAGGGGAUUCAGCUAAUGGGACAUUCAUCAGAAGCAUCUGGUUAGCAGACCUAGCUGAAGAGAUAGGAGGAUUCACAUCAGCUGCACUGGUUCAUAGCAGCUUUAGCAAGUCCAGGGCUUGCAGCCAUUUGGAACAGUUUGUAGUUCCCAGCUGAUUCCUGGAUGGUGUCUGUCGGCUGAGUGGAGAUCUGCUGAAACAGAUAUCCACUAGGGACAGACGUUAAAGUUUAGAAACUUAAAGGAAAAUCUUACAUUUGGAACUUCCAGGCCCACAGUCCUGGUAGUUGUGAGAGGGGAAAAGUCCCACAACCAGGGAGAGAGAGAGAUUACACACACUCAGGAAUAGGCAGAUGGGGAAAUCUAAGCUGUAAUUACCCGAGUCUCUGUAAAUGAAACUUUUGGGGGGGGGGUUCCCAUACCUGUUUUAGCUCCUGAAUGAUAGACACAGAAAUCUGGUAUUAUUAUUAACAAGCUGAAAACCUGAGCUGGGCCGGUCCUAAGCUAGUCUAACCCUCUAAGCUAGUUACCUCCCAGCCACAGGCACUGUGUUAGUUGCAGUUUGAGUCUUGGUCUGCCUAGCUCCGUCCCUGUGUGUCCUCAUAGCUGUUCUCCUAUCACAACCUCAUGGUGAAUCCCUUGGUGACCUCAUCAAGACUCCUCCUAGACCCUCUGCUUCAUGGCCACCUUUUCUCUUCCUCCUCUCCUCUUUUUCUCUGCUCUCCUUUGGCUGGGGUCAGAGCUCAGGCCUUCCUUCCUCCUCUGCCUAGUCACAGGUUGAAUCAACUCUUUAUUGACUCAUCAGAAAGUGAUGGAGAAGAGUAUUUACAUAACACAGAGACUGAAGAUGCUUGGCCAUGCUAUUCAUCAGGACUACAGACAGAUGUCUGAUCCUAGAAAUCAGUAUCAGAAUACACAGUGGGGUUGGGGAUUUAGCUCAGUGGAAGAGCGCUUGCUUAGCAAGCGCAAGGCCCUGGGUUCGGUCCCCAGCUCUGAAAAAAAGAAAAAAAAAAGAAUACACAGUGUACAGGACCACUUCCCAACUAGUCUGUUUGACCUGUGAGAGAUGAAGCCAAAUUGUAUGACUCCCUGGAUUCCCUGAAGCUUAUAUGAGUUGUCUGUUUAUAAAAAGAGAUAAAAGUUUUAGAUGUAUUAGCAUUGCCACUGUUUGUACAGAAAUUCACACUGUAGAAAAAUCGGCUAACAGAUGUCAUGCCUUCAAGUCAUAGCAGAAGCUGUAGGUUAAAGCAUGACCCUUUGUUUUCUAUCCAGAGAGCUGAACACAGAUUUGGCAGAGAUUUUUUUUCAGCAUGAUGAGAAGCAUCUUCAAGUCUAAACUUAGAAGAUAACCAAAGGUAAUUUACAAUCUUGAGCUUGUGACUGACAAUCGUAUUCAGUGCUUUAUCGUCUUAUCAGAACUUCAUGGACCAAUAUUAAAACUCGAGCCUUCAAAAUAGAGGGUGAAGGAAAUCUGUAACAUCUUUUCACUACCUUCGAUUACUUUUUUAGACAUUUACAACUUACAUUUACGUACCUUAAAACACCAACUUUAACAUCCUCACAUUCUUGGACCCUCAGAACUGACAAAAGCAUUCACAUUUCCCAACUAACCAUUUACCAAGGACAUGAAUAAAAGGGAGAAGUCUAUGCAAAACAACUUACUUUAAAUCCUUUUGUCUAGUUUUGCUCUCUUUUCUCUGUCACAGUCAUGUGGCACACCUGACACAAAUCCUAGAUUUUGGAGAAAACCUUUAAGCAAACAUGGUGGGUCUAAAGGCAGGAGAGCCAUAACCCAGCUCCAGAGCUAGUUUUCAGAUAAAACAGGAUGGCAUAAAACAACUUUAAUAUUAUUAUACAUACCCAAAAGACAUUUGAUUCUCUACUAAACUGAGCCUAGUGACCAGAAAGCCCAGAGAUCAACUCUGAGCCCAGGUUAUCAAAGCAGGUAUGGUGAGUGGCAUUAGCAGUGGUGGCUGGCGGCUGGCAGUGCCACAGAAAGCAAAACACAACCAAUAAACACAGAGCACAGAAAGCGCACAGGCUCAAAGGAGAUCAGUUUAUGCAGUGGCAGCCAUCAUCCAUACAUUCAACCCAUUUCUAUCCCAGCUUCCAUGUUUGCCACAAGACUUAUGUCCACACCAGAAAACACACAUAACCCAUCUGCAUGCACAAAAUAGGCAGACGAAACUUCCAAACAACCAGGACCUGGUGGUUGGGUGAUGUCUCACCCUAGAAACGAGUGAAAGACUUUGUAGUUAGAUGGUGAAAGGGGGAUGAUGCGUGGCUACAGAGGGGUUUGAGUGUCUCGCACCCAUGAAUAUAUGCGGGAGGCCAGAAAGAGAAAAGGUAUAAUGGAAUUUAUGACUUGCAGGGGGAGGAAGAAGGGACUGGCCAGCAAACCUGGGGUCAAACAGAUGGGAGGACCAAAGGAAACAAAAACUGCCACUUUGGCUAAGAGGUCCCUCUCCAGCAAGGGGACAGGACAGGUACUGCUAGGAGGAAAUGGGCAGGAGGGAUCCCCCUAAAGACACAACUAUGUGGUAGGAUUUGGUGCUGUUGGUAAUACUAUCUGCCUGCCCCAUCAAUAAAGGAAUGAAGAAGGGAGGUGGAUCCUCAAAACUUCAUCAAUACCAAGUAAGAGACUCCAAUGUCCAGAAGGAAGGAGAUGGUCUGCCUUGAUACCAUGGCGACUACUCAGGGCUUCAUGUCAGAGAUGGCAGGAGUCAGGUCUGAGGGAGCCCCACCCCCUCAGUCAUCCGUGGCAACUCCUGUGAGGUCAUCAAGAGGGUAAUCUGGGUCUGAUGUCCCCAUAAUGCAAGACUGACAGGAGGCUAAAAGACGCCGAGGGAGUUUGGAUUCUGAACACCGGGGAAUCCUAGCGUCUACCCGGGUGUGCCGUGUGCAGAGCUUUCUGAGUGCAGUGUGAGGUGAGCCGCCCCGGUGCCGGAAGGAUGCUGUACUGCUGAGCGCUGAUUCCUGGGUCAGGCCAAGUCCUUCAUGCUGCUGAUUUUCUGACAAAACGCAGCUGAGUUCCGCCCGUCAGCUCUACUCAAAGGCUCCUCAUGCUCACCCGAAUCCUGAGGAAAUCCAGACGACAUGGCCGCUGACGUGAAUUUCUGUCAGAAGUCCCAGAGACUGGGAACAGAGGAGCAGGAUGGGUCAUGUGAGAGGUUGGUGUCCUUUGAGGAUGUGACUGUGGACUUCAGCCAGGAGGAGUGGCAGCACCUGGACUCUGCCCAGAGAUGCCUGUACCAGGAGGUGAUGCUGGAGAUCUACAGCCACCUCUUGGCAGUGGGCUAUCCCAGGCCAGAGGCCAUCCUCCAGAUGAAGAACAGAAAGGACACACGACUGGGGCAGGUUGAUUUCCUACAUCAGAGGUGUGGUCAAGGGCAGUCAGAGCAUGACUCGCCACAGCAGAUUUGUGUGACCACCGCAUUUCCAAGGGACGCAUCAAGAGUAAUCACUAGAGGUGGUUCUUACUGUUCCAUUAUGGAGGAACCGUGGCAGGGUGGUGACCCUAAAAAGACAGAUCAGCAAAACCAGAUCCCACCCUCGAGUCCUGGUGCUUUCUUCAGCCAGAAAGCAGUAAUCACAGACAACUGUGGUGGAUGCGAAGCAGCCGGGGGAUCCAUUCCUUUAGGCCCCCACCUCAUCUCUACACAAAAGGGAUCUCCGAGACGUUGCCCGUGUGAGAAGACAUUGCAGCCUAACCUGCAAACAGACAGCGAGCAUCAAAGCAGUGCCACAAAGCAGCCUAAUGGCGUUGUGGACUCUUGUCGUUUGUGCACACAAGGCCUUUCCAGUGCUGUGUGUACAACUCACAGCACAGGAGAGAGAGCAUGCACAGGUAACCAGUGUGCCAACGUUCUCAGCCCUAGGUCACCACUUAGGCAGCAUGGGAUUCUUUCUCAGGACGAGCCGGUUGAGUAUACCAAAGAUGAGAAGGCCUUCACUGCCGGGUCAGCUUCAUGUGAGCAGCAAACAACGAACACGCUAGACUUAGAGACACAUUUUAUUUGCCACAUAUGUGGAAAAUCCUUUCUUCAGAAAUCCGAGUUGAGUUUUCAUCCAGGAACAAGCAGAGAGGAGACACGUUAUGAAUGUCCUGACUGUCUGAAAUCACUUACUACCAGUCCAUCCAGCCUGCAGGCGCAUCAUGAAGCUCACACAAAGCAGAAACCUUACACAUGCCACGACUGCGGGAAGUCAUUCAGUUAUGCCUCCCACCUGAAGGUCCACCUUCGAAUACACACGGGUGAGAGGCCUUAUGUGUGUUCUGACUGUGGGAAGGCCUUUAGCCAAAAGUCAGUCCUCACCACACAUCAGAGAAUCCACACUGGGGAGAAGCCUUAUGCAUGCAGCCACUGUGGGAAAUUGUUUGUCUAUGCAUCGGAUCUGAGGAAGCACAGUCGGUUUCACACAGGGGAGAAGCCUUAUGAGUGCAGAGACUGCGGGAAGGUAUUCAGUAAUAAAUCUCACCUGCCCGUGCAUCGCCGGAUCCACACUGGUGAGAAGCCCUACAAAUGCCGUGACUGUGGGAAGUCGUUCAGAAGAAAGUCCCACCUUCAAGUGCAUGGCCGAACACACACGGGUGAGAAGCCUUAUGCAUGCCCUGACUGUGGGAAGGCCUUCAGCCACAGUUCAGUUCUCAGCACACAUCAGAGAAUCCACACUGGGGAGAGGCCUUACGUAUGCAGCGACUGUGGGAAGGCCAUGUCUUCUAAAGCUCAAUUGAGUGAGCAUCAAAGAGUCCACACAGGCGAGAAACCCUUCGUGUGCGUUGAAUGUGGGAAGGCUUUCGGCGGCAGAUCUUCCUUACAAGUACACCGCAGAACUCACAGCGGUGAAAAGCCGUUCGUCUGUCACAAAUGCGGGAAGGGCUUCCUGCGCAAGUCACAGUUGUCGUCUCACCAACAAACUCACCCUGGUGAGAAUCCUUAGGAGCUCGGUGCGAGCGUGUGCAAUCAUUGGGUCAUAUGUACCAGCUGAAGGAACAUCAUUGCACUGAAACAGAAGAAAAUGUCCUCGACUGGGAAAGUUUUCAACAGCUGAAGGCUCGUCUUUCAUUCUGUGCCGAGAAACCUAAGGUGGGUUUCAAACACAAGUCAUAUUUCAGUAGACCCAGUAGACCUGACACUAUAGAUACUGAUCAUGUGAAAGGCUUUACCACAAAGUCAAUUCCUUAUCCAUGUUUUUAACUUAAAUAAAGAGACCUAAUUAUA